AUAAGAAAAGAACAACUCUUGAAUAAAAUGAAAUCAAUAGAAUCUCUGAGGGCAAAACUUCAACACCUGAGUGAAAGGAUGAGUGAAGACAUGAGAGACAAAAUCGCCAGACUGGAGCAAAACAACGACGACAUUCUGAAACUAUUGACUGUAUUGGAGCAAAAGCAUUGGGAUUUGUGUGAAAAGAAAGAAUAUAUGCCACGUUACGCUAAGGCAAUCGAGACUGAAAAGAAAGGUUUGAAGAGUGUUUUGGCCGAAAUUGUCAUCCAGAGACAAGAUAUGGAAAAUCGAAUGAAACAAGAGGCUUUGUUGGGAACGACGGAUCUUGAAAAGCUGAAGGCAGAGCUGAAGCAAGACAGAGAGGAUCUGAAUAGAAGGAAUGAGCUGUUGAACAAAGAGAAAGUGGACUGUGACCAGAUGCGGUCUGACAUCCAGACACAAACUGACUUAUUAGAACAAGAGAAACAAGACAUAAAAGAGGAAAGAGACAGGUUGGAAUUCACAAAGAUAGAGCUGCAAAAGAAGAAGGAAAACCUUGAAUGUCUGUUUGACGGCAUAUACAGAGAGAAAGCCAACAUUAAAGAUCUAGCCCUUCAUGUUCAGACAAAAAGGGACGAACUUGAGAAAGUCAUUAACAUGAUUGCCUUCAGACGAAAAGAACAAGAGCUCAGGGGAGACGACAUCAAAAGACAAACACAAGAACUGGAGACCAGUAAGAACAGCGCACUGGCAGAAAGACAAGAACUGGAAGUUUUGAAGAAGCAUCUCAACAAGAAGGGGGAAGAGCUUGAAGCUGCCAUGAAUAGCAUCAGUGGAGAGAGAGGACAACUCAGUCAGAUGAAGAUCAGUACUGAGAGGGACAGGGAAAUACUUUUGAAUGAAAAGGACAGACUAGAAAGAGAUCGGUCAGAGCUGAAAAUAAGAAAAGAACAACUCUUGAAUAAAAUGAAAUCAAUAGAAUCUCUGAGGGCAAAACUUCAACACCUGAGUGAAAGGAUGAGUGAAGACAUGAGAGACAAAAUCGCCAGACUGGAGCAAAACAACGACGACAUUCUGAAACUAUUGACUGUAUUGGAGCAAAAGCAUUGGGAUUUGUGUGAAAAGAAAGAAUAUAUGCCACGUUACGCUAAGGCAAUCGAGACUGAAAAGAAAGGUUUGAAGAGUGUUUUGGCCGAAAUUGUCAUCCAGAGACAAGAUAUGGAAAAUCGAAUGAAACAAGAGGCUUUGUUGGGAACGACGGAUCUUGAAAAGCUGAAGGCAGAGCUGAAGCAAGACAGAGAGGAUCUGAACAGAAUGACUGAGCUGUUGAACAAAGAGAAAGUGCACUUGGACCAGAUGAGGUCUGACAUCCAGAGACAAACUGACGUAUUAGAACAAGAGAAACAAGACAUAAAAGUGGCAAGAGACAAGUUGGACAUCACAAAGACUGAGCUGCAAAAGAAGAAGGAAAAUGCAGUCAGUCUGUUUGACGAGAUAAACAGAGAGAAAACCCACGUGAAAAAUCUGACUCUUCGGGUUCGGAGAGAACGAGAUGAACUCGAAAAUGUCAUGAACAUGAUUACCUUCAGACAAAAAGAGCAAGAACUCAAGGAAGACGACAUCAAAAGACAAACACAAGAACUGGAGACCAGUAAGAACAGUGUACUGGCAGAAAGAGAAGAACUGGAACUUUUGAGGAAGGACCUCAACAAGAAAGUAGAAGAGGUGGAAUCAGCCACAAACAGCAUGAGUGGAGAGCGCGAACAACUCACGAAAAUGAAGACUGACCAUGACAAAGGGAGAGAAAUGCUUUUGAAUGAAAAGGACAUAAUGGACAGAGAAAGGGAAGAGCUGAAAAUAAGAGAAGAUCAACUGAUGAGUAAAAUGAAAUCCAUAGAAACUCUGAGAGCAAAACUUCUACAGCAAAAUGUGACGAUAAGUGAAGGCGUAAAAUACAAGGUGGACAGGUUGAGACAAAACAAUGAGGAUGUGCUAAUGCUGUACACUGUAUUGGAACAAAAGCUUGGAGAACUUGAUAAACAGAAAGAAAGCGUGGCUGGUGACACUGAGAUUUUAGAGAGAGAAAGGGAAAGUCUGCUAAGUAUGCUCUCCGACAUGGACAUCCAGAGAGAACACAUGGAAAAUAUGUGGAAGCAAAAGUUUGAGAUGGAAAAACAAAAUCUUGGAAAACUUAAGGCACAACUGAAGCGAGACAGAGAGGAUCUGAAUAGAAGGAAUGAGCUGUUGAACAAAGAGAAAGUGGACUGUGACCAGAUGCGGUCUGACAUCCAGACACAAACUGACUUAUUAGAACAAGAGAAACAAGACAUAAAAGAGGAAAGAGACAGGUUGGAAUUCACAAAGAUAGAGCUGCAAAAGAAGAAGGAAAACCUUGAAUGUCUGUUUGACGGCAUAUACAGAGAGAAAGCCAACAUUAAAGAUCUAGCCCUUCAUGUUCAGACAAAAAGGGACGAACUUGAGAAAGUCAUUAACAUGAUUGCCUUCAGACGAAAAGAACAAGAGCUCAGGGGAGACGACAUCAAAAGACAAACACAAGAACUGGAGACCAGUAAGAACAGCGCACUGGCAGAAAGACAAGAACUGGAAGUUUUGAAGAAGCAUCUCAACAAGAAGGGGGAAGAGCUUGAAGCUGCCAUGAAUAGCAUCAGUGGAGAGAGAGGACAACUCAGUCAGAUGAAGAUCAGUACUGAGAGGGACAGGGAAAUACUUUUGAAUGAAAAGGACAGACUAGAAAGAGAUCGGUCAGAGCUGAAAAUAAGAAAAGAACAACUCUUGAAUAAAAUGAAAUCAAUAGAAUCUCUGAGGGCAAAACUUCAACACCUGAGUGAAAGGAUGAGUGAAGACAUGAGAGACAAAAUCGCCAGACUGGAGCAAAACAACGACGACAUUCUGAAACUAUUGACUGUAUUGGAGCAAAAGCAUUGGGAUUUGUGUGAAAAGAAAGAAUAUAUGCCACGUUACGCUAAGGCAAUCGAGACUGAAAAGAAAGGUUUGAAGAGUGUUUUGGCCGAAAUUGUCAUCCAGAGACAAGAUAUGGAAAAUCGAAUGAAACAAGAGGCUUUGUUGGGAACGACGGAUCUUGAAAAGCUGAAGGCAGAGCUGAAGCAAGACAGAGAGGAUCUGAACAGAAUGACUGAGCUGUUGAACAAAGAGAAAGUGCACUUGGACCAGAUGAGGUCUGACAUCCAGAGACAAACUGACGUAUUAGAACAAGAGAAACAAGACAUAAAAGUGGCAAGAGACAAGUUGGACAUCACAAAGACUGAGCUGCAAAAGAAGAAGGAAAAUGCAGUCAGUCUGUUUGACGAGAUAAACAGAGAGAAAACCCACGUGAAAAAUCUGACUCUUCGGGUUCGGAGAGAACGAGAUGAACUCGAAAAUGUCAUGAACAUGAUUACCUUCAGACAAAAAGAGCAAGAACUCAAGGAAGACGACAUCAAAAGACAAACACAAGAACUGGAGACCAGUAAGAACAGUGUACUGGCAGAAAGAGAAGAACUGGAACUUUUGAGGAAGGACCUCAACAAGAAAGUAGAAGAGGUGGAAUCAGCCACAAACAGCAUGAGUGGAGAGCGCGAACAACUCACGAAAAUGAAGACUGACCAUGACAAAGGGAGAGAAAUGCUUUUGAAUGAAAAGGACAUAAUGGACAGAGAAAGGGAAGAGCUGAAAAUAAGAGAAGAUCAACUGAUGAGUAAAAUGAAAUCCAUAGAAACUCUGAGAGCAAAACUUCUACAGCAAAAUGUGACGAUAAGUGAAGGCGUAAAAUACAAGGUGGACAGGUUGAGACAAAACAAUGAGGAUGUGCUAAUGCUGUACACUGUAUUGGAACAAAAGCUUGGAGAACUUGAUAAACAGAAAGAAAGCGUGGCUGGUGACACUGAGAUUUUAGAGAGAGAAAGGGAAAGUCUGCUAAGUAUGCUCUCCGACAUGGACAUCCAGAGAGAACACAUGGAAAAUAUGUGGAAGCAAAAGUUUGAGAUGGAAAAACAAAAUCUUGGAAAACUUAAGGCACAACUGAAGCGAGACAGAGAGGAUCUGAAUAGAAGGAAUGAGCUGUUGAACAAAGAGAAAGUGGACUGUGACCAGAUGCGGUCUGACAUCCAGACACAAACUGACUUAUUAGAACAAGAGAAACAAGACAUAAAAGAGGAAAGAGACAGGUUGGAAUUCACAAAGAUAGAGCUGCAAAAGAAGAAGGAAAACCUUGAAUGUCUGUUUGACGGCAUAUACAGAGAGAAAGCCAACAUUAAAGAUCUAGCCCUUCAUGUUCAGACAAAAAGGGACGAACUUGAGAAAGUCAUUAACAUGAUUGCCUUCAGACGAAAAGAACAAGAGCUCAGGGGAGACGACAUCAAAAGACAAACACAAGAACUGGAGACCAGUAAGAACAGCGCACUGGCAGAAAGACAAGAACUGGAAGUUUUGAAGAAGCAUCUCAACAAGAAGGGGGAAGAGCUUGAAGCUGCCAUGAAUAGCAUCAGUGGAGAGAGAGGACAACUCAGUCAGAUGAAGAUCAGUACUGAGAGGGACAGGGAAAUACUUUUGAAUGAAAAGGACAGACUAGAAAGAGAUCGGUCAGAGCUGAAAAUAAGAAAAGAACAACUCUUGAAUAAAAUGAAAUCAAUAGAAUCUCUGAGGGCAAAACUUCAACACCUGAGUGAAAGGAUGAGUGAAGACAUGAGAGACAAAAUCGCCAGACUGGAGCAAAACAACGACGACAUUCUGAAACUAUUGACUGUAUUGGAGCAAAAGCAUUGGGAUUUGUGUGAAAAGAAAGAAUAUAUGCCACGUUACGCUAAGGCAAUCGAGACUGAAAAGAAAGGUUUGAAGAGUGUUUUGGCCGAAAUUGUCAUCCAGAGACAAGAUAUGGAAAAUCGAAUGAAACAAGAGGCUUUGUUGGGAACGACGGAUCUUGAAAAGCUGAAGGCAGAGCUGAAGCAAGACAGAGAGGAUCUGAACAGAAUGACUGAGCUGUUGAACAAAGAGAAAGUGCACUUGGACCAGAUGAGGUCUGACAUCCAGAGACAAACUGACGUAUUAGAACAAGAGAAACAAGACAUAAAAGUGGCAAGAGACAAGUUGGACAUCACAAAGACUGAGCUGCAAAAGAAGAAGGAAAAUGCAGUCAGUCUGUUUGACGAGAUAAACAGAGAGAAAACCCACGUGAAAAAUCUGACUCUUCGGGUUCGGAGAGAACGAGAUGAACUCGAAAAUGUCAUGAACAUGAUUACCUUCAGACAAAAAGAGCAAGAACUCAAGGAAGACGACAUCAAAAGACAAACACAAGAACUGGAGACCAGUAAGAACAGUGUACUGGCAGAAAGAGAAGAACUGGAACUUUUGAGGAAGGACCUCAACAAGAAAGUAGAAGAGGUGGAAUCAGCCACAAACAGCAUGAGUGGAGAGCGCGAACAACUCACGAAAAUGAAGACUGACCAUGACAAAGGGAGAGAAAUGCUUUUGAAUGAAAAGGACAUAAUGGACAGAGAAAGGGAAGAGCUGAAAAUAAGAGAAGAUCAACUGAUGAGUAAAAUGAAAUCCAUAGAAACUCUGAGAGCAAAACUUCUACAGCAAAAUGUGACGAUAAGUGAAGGCGUAAAAUACAAGGUGGACAGGUUGAGACAAAACAAUGAGGAUGUGCUAAUGCUGUACACUGUAUUGGAACAAAAGCUUGGAGAACUUGAUAAACAGAAAGAAAGCGUGGCUGGUGACACUGAGAUUUUAGAGAGAGAAAGGGAAAGUCUGCUAAGUAUGCUCUCCGACAUGGACAUCCAGAGAGAACACAUGGAAAAUAUGUGGAAGCAAAAGUUUGAGAUGGAAAAACAAAAUCUUGGAAAACUUAAGGCACAACUGAAGCGAGACAGAGAGGAUCUGAAUAGAAGGAAUGAGCUGUUGAACAAAGAGAAAGUGGACUGUGACCAGAUGCGGUCUGACAUCCAGACACAAACUGACUUAUUAGAACAAGAGAAACAAGACAUAAAAGAGGAAAGAGACAGGUUGGAAUUCACAAAGAUAGAGCUGCAAAAGAAGAAGGAAAACCUUGAAUGUCUGUUUGACGGCAUAUACAGAGAGAAAGCCAACAUUAAAGAUCUAGCCCUUCAUGUUCAGACAAAAAGGGACGAACUUGAGAAAGUCAUUAACAUGAUUGCCUUCAGACGAAAAGAACAAGAGCUCAGGGGAGACGACAUCAAAAGACAAACACAAGAACUGGAGACCAGUAAGAACAGCGCACUGGCAGAAAGACAAGAACUGGAAGUUUUGAAGAAGCAUCUCAACAAGAAGGGGGAAGAGCUUGAAGCUGCCAUGAAUAGCAUCAGUGGAGAGAGAGGACAACUCAGUCAGAUGAAGAUCAGUACUGAGAGGGACAGGGAAAUACUUUUGAAUGAAAAGGACAGACUAGAAAGAGAUCGGUCAGAGCUGAAAAUAAGAAAAGAACAACUCUUGAAUAAAAUGAAAUCAAUAGAAUCUCUGAGGGCAAAACUUCAACACCUGAGUGAAAGGAUGAGUGAAGACAUGAGAGACAAAAUCGCCAGACUGGAGCAAAACAACGACGACAUUCUGAAACUAUUGACUGUAUUGGAGCAAAAGCAUUGGGAUUUGUGUGAAAAGAAAGAAUAUAUGCCACGUUACGCUAAGGCAAUCGAGACUGAAAAGAAAGGUUUGAAGAGUGUUUUGGCCGAAAUUGUCAUCCAGAGACAAGAUAUGGAAAAUCGAAUGAAACAAGAGGCUUUGUUGGGAACGACGGAUCUUGAAAAGCUGAAGGCAGAGCUGAAGCAAGACAGAGAGGAUCUGAACAGAAUGACUGAGCUGUUGAACAAAGAGAAAGUGCACUUGGACCAGAUGAGGUCUGACAUCCAGAGACAAACUGACGUAUUAGAACAAGAGAAACAAGACAUAAAAGUGGCAAGAGACAAGUUGGACAUCACAAAGACUGAGCUGCAAAAGAAGAAGGAAAAUGCAGUCAGUCUGUUUGACGAGAUAAACAGAGAGAAAACCCACGUGAAAAAUCUGACUCUUCGGGUUCGGAGAGAACGAGAUGAACUCGAAAAUGUCAUGAACAUGAUUACCUUCAGACAAAAAGAGCAAGAACUCAAGGAAGACGACAUCAAAAGACAAACACAAGAACUGGAGACCAGUAAGAACAGUGUACUGGCAGAAAGAGAAGAACUGGAACUUUUGAGGAAGGACCUCAACAAGAAAGUAGAAGAGGUGGAAUCAGCCACAAACAGCAUGAGUGGAGAGCGCGAACAACUCACGAAAAUGAAGACUGACCAUGACAAAGGGAGAGAAAUGCUUUUGAAUGAAAAGGACAUAAUGGACAGAGAAAGGGAAGAGCUGAAAAUAAGAGAAGAUCAACUGAUGAGUAAAAUGAAAUCCAUAGAAACUCUGAGAGCAAAACUUCUACAGCAAAAUGUGACGAUAAGUGAAGGCGUAAAAUACAAGGUGGACAGGUUGAGACAAAACAAUGAGGAUGUGCUAAUGCUGUACACUGUAUUGGAACAAAAGCUUGGAGAACUUGAUAAACAGAAAGAAAGCGUGGCUGGUGACACUGAGAUUUUAGAGAGAGAAAGGGAAAGUCUGCUAAGUAUGCUCUCCGACAUGGACAUCCAGAGAGAACACAUGGAAAAUAUGUGGAAGCAAAAGUUUGAGAUGGAAAAACAAAAUCUUGGAAAACUUAAGGCACAACUGAAGCGAGACAGAGAGGAUCUGAAUAGAAGGAAUGAGCUGUUGAACAAAGAGAAAGUGGACUGUGACCAGAUGCGGUCUGACAUCCAGACACAAACUGACUUAUUAGAACAAGAGAAACAAGACAUAAAAGAGGAAAGAGACAGGUUGGAAUUCACAAAGAUAGAGCUGCAAAAGAAGAAGGAAAACCUUGAAUGUCUGUUUGACGGCAUAUACAGAGAGAAAGCCAACAUUAAAGAUCUAGCCCUUCAUGUUCAGACAAAAAGGGACGAACUUGAGAAAGUCAUUAACAUGAUUGCCUUCAGACGAAAAGAACAAGAGCUCAGGGGAGACGACAUCAAAAGACAAACACAAGAACUGGAGACCAGUAAGAACAGCGCACUGGCAGAAAGACAAGAACUGGAAGUUUUGAAGAAGCAUCUCAACAAGAAGGGGGAAGAGCUUGAAGCUGCCAUGAAUAGCAUCAGUGGAGAGAGAGGACAACUCAGUCAGAUGAAGAUCAGUACUGAGAGGGACAGGGAAAUACUUUUGAAUGAAAAGGACAGACUAGAAAGAGAUCGGUCAGAGCUGAAAAUAAGAAAAGAACAACUCUUGAAUAAAAUGAAAUCAAUAGAAUCUCUGAGGGCAAAACUUCAACACCUGAGUGAAAGGAUGAGUGAAGACAUGAGAGACAAAAUCGCCAGACUGGAGCAAAACAACGACGACAUUCUGAAACUAUUGACUGUAUUGGAGCAAAAGCAUUGGGAUUUGUGUGAAAAGAAAGAAUAUAUGCCACGUUACGCUAAGGCAAUCGAGACUGAAAAGAAAGGUUUGAAGAGUGUUUUGGCCGAAAUUGUCAUCCAGAGACAAGAUAUGGAAAAUCGAAUGAAACAAGAGGCUUUGUUGGGAACGACGGAUCUUGAAAAGCUGAAGGCAGAGCUGAAGCAAGACAGAGAGGAUCUGAACAGAAUGACUGAGCUGUUGAACAAAGAGAAAGUGCACUUGGACCAGAUGAGGUCUGACAUCCAGAGACAAACUGACGUAUUAGAACAAGAGAAACAAGACAUAAAAGUGGCAAGAGACAAGUUGGACAUCACAAAGACUGAGCUGCAAAAGAAGAAGGAAAAUGCAGUCAGUCUGUUUGACGAGAUAAACAGAGAGAAAACCCACGUGAAAAAUCUGACUCUUCGGGUUCGGAGAGAACGAGAUGAACUCGAAAAUGUCAUGAACAUGAUUACCUUCAGACAAAAAGAGCAAGAACUCAAGGAAGACGACAUCAAAAGACAAACACAAGAACUGGAGACCAGUAAGAACAGUGUACUGGCAGAAAGAGAAGAACUGGAACUUUUGAGGAAGGACCUCAACAAGAAAGUAGAAGAGGUGGAAUCAGCCACAAACAGCAUGAGUGGAGAGCGCGAACAACUCACGAAAAUGAAGACUGACCAUGACAAAGGGAGAGAAAUGCUUUUGAAUGAAAAGGACAUAAUGGACAGAGAAAGGGAAGAGCUGAAAAUAAGAGAAGAUCAACUGAUGAGUAAAAUGAAAUCCAUAGAAACUCUGAGAGCAAAACUUCUACAGCAAAAUGUGAAGAUAAGUGAAGGCGUAAAAUACAAGGUGGACAGGUUGAGACAAAACAAUGAGGAUGUGCUAAUGCUGUACACUGUAUUGGAACAAAAGCUUGGAGAACUUGAUAAACAGAAAGAAAGCGUGGCUGGUGACACUGAGAUUUUAGAGAGAGAAAGGGAAAGUCUGCUAAGUAUGCUCUCCGACAUGGACAUCCAGAGAGAACACAUGGAAAAUAUGUGGAAGCAAAAGUUUGAGAUGGAAAAACAAAAUCUUGGAAAACUUAAGGCACAACUGAAGCGAGACAGAGAGGAUCUGAAUAGAAGGAAUGAGCUGUUGAACAAAGAGAAAGUGGACUGUGACCAGAUGCGGUCUGACAUCCAGACACAAACUGACUUAUUAGAACAAGAGAAACAAGACAUAAAAGAGGAAAGAGACAGGUUGGAAUUCACAAAGAUAGAGCUGCAAAAGAAGAAGGAAAACCUUGAAUGUCUGUUUGACGGCAUAUACAGAGAGAAAGCCAACAUUAAAGAUCUAGCCCUUCAUGUUCAGACAAAAAGGGACGAACUUGAGAAAGUCAUUAACAUGAUUGCCUUCAGACGAAAAGAACAAGAGCUCAGGGGAGACAUCAAAAGACAAACACAAGAACUGGAGACCAGUAAGAACAGCGCACUGGCAGAAAGACAAGAACUGGAAGUUUUGAAGAAGCAUCUCAACAAGAAGGGGGAAGAGCUUGAAGCUGCCAUGAAUAGCAUCAGUGGAGAGAGAGGACAACUCAGUCAGAUGAAGAUCAGUACUGAGAGGGACAGGGAAAUACUUUUGAAUGAAAAGGACAGACUAGAAAGAGAUCG